CCCUUUGCCUGCCUGGAGUGCAGGAUGUCGGGCUCUGGGCGAAAGGACUUCGAUGUGAAGCACAUCCUGCGACUCCGCUGGAAACUCUUCAGCCACCCUUCGCCUUCUUCUGGAGGCCCGGCCGGGGGCAGCUGUCUGCAACAGGAUGGCACUGGCAGCUUCGAGCACUGGGGACCCAGCCAGAGUCGCCUGCUUAAAAUCCAAGAGAAGAGCGGUAUGAGCGCCUUCUGGAAGAAGCCAUCCUCCUCUUCCUCCUCCUCGUCCGCAUCCUCCCAGUCUUCUUCCUCCUCUGCCUUCAACCCACUGAAUGGUACCCUGCUGCCAGUGGCCACGAGGCUGCAGGGGGCACCCGGGCAGGGCACGCAACAGCCAGCCAGGACUCUCUUCUACGUGGAGUCCAUCGAAGAAGAAGAGGUGCCAGGCAUGGACUUCACAAGACAUCACGAGAAAGGGCUGGUCCUGCAGGAGCUCAAAGUGGAGCCCGCCAGCUCGAGCCAGGCAACAGGUGAAGGAUGUGGACACAGACUCUCAGCGACAAGCCAUUCCCUGACAUCUCAAAGUGACAUGGACUCCAGCAGCUCUGAAGAAUUCUAUCAAGCUGUUCAUCAUGCUGAGCAAACCUUCAGAAAAAUGGAAAGUUACUUGAAACAGCAGCAACUCUGUGAUGUCAUUUUGAUUGUUGGAAACCGAAAGAUACCUGCACAUAGGCUUGUUCUCAGCUCAGUGUCUGACUAUUUCGCUGCCAUGUUUACAAGUGAUGUUUGUGAGGCCAAGCAAGAAGAGAUCAAGAUGGAAGGCAUAGACCCCAAUGCUCUCUGGGACCUUGUUCAAUUUGCAUAUACAGGCUGUUUGGAAUUAAAGGAAGAUACCAUUGAAAACCUUCUUGCUGCUGCGUGCCUUCUUCAGCUUCCUCAAGUAGUAGAGGUGUGCUGCCAUUUCCUCAUGAAGCUUUUACAUCCGUCCAACUGUUUAGGAAUCCGUGCAUUUGCAGAUGCUCAAGGAUGCAUUGAAUUAAUGAAGGUAGCCCACAGUUAUACAAUGGAAAACAUAAUGGAAGUUAUGAGAAAUCAAGAAUUUUUACUGCUUCCCGCUGAGGAGCUCCAUAAACUCCUGGCCAGCGAUGAUGUAAAUGUUCCUGAUGAAGAAACCAUCUUUCAUGCAUUAAUGAUGUGGGUCAAGUAUGAUAUGCAGAGGAGAUGCAAUGACUUAAGUAUGCUACUUGCCUUUAUAAGACUCCCACUCCUUCCACCACAGAUAUUGGCUGAUCUAGAAAAUCACACAUUAUUUAAGAAUGAUCUGGAAUGCCAAAAGCUGAUUCUAGAAGCAAUGAAGUAUCAUCUAUUACCAGAAAGAAGAACCUUAAUGCAGAGUCCAAGAACUAAGCCUAGAAAAUCUACAGUUGGAACUCUGUAUGCUGUAGGUGGAAUGGAUAACAACAAAGGAGCUACAACCAUAGAAAAAUAUGACCUGAGAACAAAUUUGUGGAUUCAGGCAGGAAUGAUGAACGGCAGAAGAUUACAAUUUGGUGUGGCUGUUAUUGAUGACAAACUCUUCGUGAUUGGAGGUCGUGAUGGCUUAAAGACUUUGAACACUGUUGAAUGUUACAAUCCUAGAACUAAGACCUGGACUGUUUUACCACCAAUGUCAACACAUAGACACGGACUAGGUGUGACGGUGCUUGAAGGCCCUAUUUAUGCUGUGGGAGGCCAUGAUGGCUGGAGCUAUUUGAAUACAGUGGAGAGGUGGGACCCGCAGAGUCAGCAGUGGACAUUUGUGGCCAGCAUGUCUAUUGCUCGGAGCACAGUUGGUGUUGCAGCAUUGAACGGCAAGUUAUAUUCAGUCGGAGGUCGUGAUGGCAGUUCCUGUCUGAGUUCAAUGGAAUAUUAUGAUCCUCACACAAAUAAGUGGAGCAUGUGUGCCCCCAUGUGUAAGAGAAGAGGAGGCGUUGGAGUGGCCACAUGUGAUGGUUUUCUUUAUGCAGUGGGUGGUCAUGAUGCUCCUGCUUCAAAUCACUGUUCAAGGCUUCUGGAUUAUGUAGAAAGAUACGACCCGAAAACAGACACAUGGACCAUGGUGGCUCCUUUGAGUAUGCCCAGAGAUGCUGUUGGAGUCUGCCUUCUUGGAGACAGAUUAUAUGCAGUUGGUGGCUAUGAUGGGCAAACAUACCUGAAUACUAUGGAAUCCUAUGACCCACAAACUAAUGAGUGGACACAGAUGGCUUCCUUGAAUAUUGGAAGAGCAGGUGCCUGUGUGGUAGUCAUCAAGCAACCUUGAUUUAUUUUUCUUUAAAAAGAUUUUAUUUGAUGGAAUGAUUAUUUUUAUGUCAGAGGGCAAGAAUGAGAACUUCCUGAGAUGAAACUCUUCAAUAACAAGGAUUUUUUCAGAUUAAACAACUGAAACAAAAAGAGGUAGAAGAGUUAACAGAAUUAUACAAGACAAAUCAUCAAACUGAUAUAGGAACAGUAUCUGGCUGUGCAUUAGUUCAGGAAUGGUUAUUGGUAAUUUGUUUUGUAUUGUAGCAUACAAUAACUAGAGUUACCAAAGGCUUGUUUUUCUUGAAUUAUUAUAAAGAGAGAAUGAUGUGGACAUGGCUAAUUUCAUGACCGCAACCUGAUCGUCUUAUAGUCUGUGACAGUAUUAA